UUUUCUCUACUCUUGAUAUUGAUCAUCAAGCCAUGUUUCACACUGAACGUUCACAGAAAUCGAAGUUCCACCAUAGUCGAAGACAAUAUGAUAACCACCAUGGCGACGAUCCAUAUACGAAGGAAUUGGUCGGGAUUCGCAAAAACAUAAAUGACCUCAAUGAAUUGUGCCAAGAGUUCAAAAUGCUAUACGAAGACAUGAGGAGGCAUGCUACAAAAUCGGUUAAAAAAGAGAACGAUUGUCCUAUGCCUCAAGAGGAAAAUCAUCAACACAUUCCAAAUGAGGUAGAGAAUCAAGAUGCCGUUGACGAUACGAAUGUUGAGACUGUUAUGCAUGCCCGACAAGAAGAUUUUAAYAUUGAUGUUGUUAUUUAUGAUGCUGAAGAAGAUGUGCAUGUUGAGGUUUUGACGCCUGAUGAGUACACAACCAUAGAGGAGGUACUUAUUGAGAAAGCACUCGAGAUUACAAAUAUUGUGCAACUUGGGGAGAGUAAGAAAAGCACGCAACUGCAAAAUGCAGACCUCGGCAAUACUCAGAAGCAACAUUCACUCAUUGCUUCRUUGCCCUUGAAAAAUCAAAUACCAUGGACUCRUGGUCCAGUGUAUUGGGGAUUUAAACCAGMAAUUUGGAAAAAGACUGCAAGGUUUUUCUUYACUWCAAGCAAUUACAAGUUUAUCAUACAAAUUUAUUAUCUUAUCAACCUGUUUGAACGAGCUCAAGAUGCUGAGUACAAGGUUGCAUUGCAAGGAGAUCCUAUAGAUUCGAGGACGAAUCCUUCUGAAGAUGGGGAGGAUGAUAUGAACCAAGGAAUGGAUCUAAUAAAAUCUGAUUUCCAAGAGCGUUCUGGUAGUCAGGAAGCUGAUAAAAGUGGUUAA